CCCCCCCCCCCCCCCUCUCAUUCCAAAACAACUGUUCACCGAUGGGUUUCUUCCUCUGAUAUAUCAUUCUAUCUCCUUGGGUGAUCUUGGAAAGAAGCCCUUUUUUUCAGGCUUUCCCUUUCCAGUGUGGUGUGAAGCACUUUCUGGUGUAUAGCUUAGCUUUGCUUGUGUGCUGUUCUUGAGUGGAAUAAAGCUAGAGCGUGCAUUCUUGUGGCUUGGGAUAGGUAGGAUUCUUCCUUCUUCCACAGCCAUGUGCUGCAUGCAGCUUUGAGCUUUGGUAAUUGCUUCUAGGCUCUAGCCACCCCCCAGUCCCAGCUUUAGCCAUCAAGAUCCAAGAAAGAUCAGGACCAAAAAGUCUUGAGCUGCAAUCAUUCCGAGCUGCAUUGUAGUGAGGAAUUGUCCCCUAGCUUGGCUCACUCUUUAUUCCUCAUAUUAUCUGUCCUUACUCUGGCAUUAGAUCAAAGAUCAAGAACACAACUCCCUGUUUCCCUAGGAGAAAAGGAAUCAGGGACAGGCUCAAGCAGCAGCAGAUUCUCCUCAAGGUAUCAGGGUGUUCUUUCUUGUGUUCUUUUUGUCCAUGUGGUAACUUCUGUGCCAACGUAUUCUUCAAUCUUGUUCUGAAGAAGCUAUCUGGGAGAAGCCCCUAUAUUUAAUUGGGUCCAAGAGGAGCUAUAGAUGCAACAAUCAUAAGGUAUUGGAGAAAUUAUGUACUUAAUGUUAUUUAGCUGGGCAGAUUCCCUUUGAAGUACACAUAUUGAUGUCUUCCUGCCUGCAUAGGGCCAAUCAUUGCAAAGUUCUUCUCUCACUACGAAGCAGAUGAAGCUUCUCUGAGGAAGGAAGAAGCUCUUGCUUUCUUUGCAUGGAGAAGGAGGCCAUGGAGGGGCAUGUAAAUGUAAUGCUGCCGCAGGAGAACCUGAGAUCGGAUCUCCCCAACGGUGGAAUCGUACUUGGCCAUGACAAGGAAAUCUCAACUCUGCAAGAAGAGAUUUCUGCUCUGAGAUCGAGGCAGAGACAUCUCAACCGGAGAAGACGUGAGGCGCUGGGCAAGCUCAUAGACCUGAAAGGAAGUAUCAGGGUGUUCUGCCGAGUCCGGCCGUCGAUCUCAACCAGCAACAUCAAGAUCAAAUCACCAGUUACUGUCGAACAAGAGAACAUCGCAGUUCGAGCAGUGGGGAUCAAGAAAGAUUUCAGUGUUGAUCGGGUGUUUGACCAGGAGUCAACGCAAGAUGAUGUGUUCCAUGAGGUGAAGCCAAUCCUCCGAUCUGCACUUGACGGGCACAAUGUCUGCAUCCUUGCUUUUGGCCAAACUGGGACCGGGAAGACCUAUACAAUGGAAGGAACUAGCGAUAACCUUGGCGCUGUGCCUCGAGCGAUUCAGGAACUGUUUUCUCAUGCUGCUCAAGAUACUUCAUCCACAUACUCUUUCUCCAUAAGCAUGCUUGAGGUCUACAUGGGAAGUCUCAGGGACUUGUUGGCACCAAGGCAGCAGCCUCUCUUCAGGUCCAUAGAAGGCAAUACAACUUGCAAAUGCACCCUUUUUUGUUUUGAGUUUUUUAGUAACCUCAGCAUUCUAGCAACCACAAGUGGCUCUGUCCAAGUCGAGGGGCUUACCGAUGUCGCAGUACCGGACCUCAAGAAAGCCAACCAGUGGUACUGCAGAGGGCGGCGAUCCCGGUCGACAUCCGGGACAAAUGUCAACAAUGUUUCGAGCCGAUCACACUGUUUGACAAGAAUUACCAUAAGGAGAUGUGGAGGUGUGACUGAACAAGUAAGCAAGCUGUGGCUCGUGGAUCUUGGUGGCAGCGAGCGGUUGCUCAAGACUGGUGCAUCUGGGUUGACAAUGGAUGAGGGUAAGGCCAUAAACCUGUCUCUGUCAGCCCUUGGAGAUGUCAUCGCUGCACUAAGGAGAAAGAGAAGCCAUGUUCCAUACAGAAAUAGCAAGCUUACCCAGAUUCUUAGUGAUUCUCUCGGUGAUGGCUCAAAAGUUGUGAUGGUAGUGCACAUCAGCCCUUCCAAGGACGACGUGGGCGAGACAAUUUGUUCGCUGGGCUUUGCGAAAAGAGCCAGGCUGAUAGAAUCCAGUAGAGAGCUUUCAGAGGACUUGAAAAUGUUAAAGCGGAAGCGGCUCGCGGAGCUUGACAAGGAAAUAUGUGACGCCGAGCAAGAGCUCGGGGUUCUGAAUGAACAAAUAAGGAGUGCUGAGAGGUCCGUGGAGGAGAGGAAGAAGCUCUCUCCGUCCGUCUGUCAGGCUCUCAGCGACGACAAGGGGUCGCCCAGAAGCAUUCUGGUGGCAGGGCACAUUGAUGCCGUGGACAGCCCUCAGGCAACCGAGAGGGCCAAGAGCAGGAUGGCCCAUCAUGGAUCAGUCCCUCACUUUAUGUCCGCAACAGUGUGCAGCCGUCAAAGACACGGCGCGGCAAGCCAUUCCGUCAGUAAGCCGAGGCUGACAAGAUCAGUGAACACGUACUCAUCUAAGCCCAGUGGGAGCCAGUCGUUCAGCCACUCCGCAUCCAAGGCUAAGUCAGUGGCACUCUCAUCCGGUGAGCCUAGGCUGAAAUACUUGUCCGUCAAAUCUGAUCAGAUCAACGUAAGCAGUAACAGCAUCGAUUCGACGGCAGCGUCGGCGCCUCGGCCUCGGCCAAGGGAGAGUCUUGUUUCCAGGCCGGUACAGAGAGCUCCCCUGCAUCAGCACAGGAGAAGGAUGUCAUGCUUAACCUGAGCUCGCAGAAAUACUACAUACAGAUUACAUAGCACUGAUUUUGACUUGUUGUUUCGUGGUGAAAUGUUUUGGGAACAUGUCUGCAGCUGUUUGAUAGUUUGGGUGUGUAAACUUGUGUAACUACUGGAGGGCCCUUCCGUUGCUCUUUUUGGUUUCAAACGGAAGGGCACAAGGAUGUGAGUGUGAGGGGUAUGGUAAAUGGAGUUGUAACUGUUAGAAGGGAGAGAGGGAUUGGUGGAAUAGUUCGUUGUAUCGCUUGAGCCUCGUGGGCAUAUAUAUAGGAGUAUAUGAUCUACUUGGAGUA